AGAAGAAGAGUCUCAUGCAUUAUAAGAAGAAGCAUUUCUAUAGACGGAGAGGAUAGAAUUUCCCAAGCAGUUUUUGCAAAAACCGGAAAAACUACAUUUAACUAUAAAUAUUUUGUACGGAAUAGAAGUUUACCGCUUUACAAUACAGCCGCAAACAGAAUGUCAUUGUUUCGUAAACCGAAAAAGAUACAAAGAAGAGUUUUCUCAAGUGCCCUAGAUGAUGAUGAAGAUGAUUUGGGUACGGCAACCGGAACCGGAGCAGCAAGGGAAAACAAUGAUGGUGGUUAUGGUAGUAAAAAGAAAAACGAUGCAUCCGAUGAUAUGGAUCAUGAUGGUGAUGAGCUUAUAGCUCCACCGCCGCCACAUAUCUCCAGUAAAUCGAAGAAGCAUAAAGAUGGAAAAUCGAAAUCUUCCAAAAGUAGCAGUGGCAGCGGUGGUGGUGGCAGUGCAGCUGGAACAGAUGCCAGCAAAACGAAAGCACUUUUAAGUUUUGCAGACGAAGAGGACGAUGGCGAAGUGUUCCAAGUACGCAAAUCUUCCCACAGCAAAAAAGUUAUGCGCAUGAUGGACAAAGAACGACGUCGCAAAAAGAAAGAGGAACGCAGUGCUGAGAAUUAUUCCAGCAGCAGUAGCGGAUUUGGUGGUGGUGGUCAUCAGACAAGCGACAGUGCUAAUUCGAAUCGUGAAAACGGUUCAUCACGUCUUAAUAAUGAUUCUCAUAAUUUAGGUUCAUCUACAUCAGCGUCGACAACGUCAACAAGUUCUUCGGAACAAAAUAAGAAAAGUAAUAAAAGUGAUAGUAUCCAAACAGAAAUACGCACAGACGACUUUGUGCUGGUGGUUAAAAAAACCGAACCAAAUAUUAUCCUCAAUGGACGGGCGGCAUUGUGUGCUGGGCGUGAUGAUAUGUCAGAUGAAGAUUCCGAUCAUAGCGAUAGCGAAAGAAAUGGCGAUGGUAGUAGACAUCGUUUUGCCAAACCGGAUCAUUUGAAACAAAUGCUUGAAAGUGGAUCUAUACCCGAUGCUGCAAUGAUACAUGCCGCACGCAAGCGUAGACAAAAGGCCCGUGAACAAGGUGAUUUCAUUGCCGUUGAGGAACCAAAAGUGGACACCAAAAAGGGCAGCCGUUUGGCCCGGGAAGAUAUGGAAGGUGACAACUCGGAUGAUGAGGAACGUAUGGAUAUGAAUGCCAUAACUGGCAUAAAGGAACGUGAAGAAAGGCGUGAAAAAUUCUAUGCCGUUGAGAAAGAUUGUUCGGAUGAGGACUCGGAUUGUGAGACACAUGAAUGGGAAAAUCAACAAAUACGCAAAGGUGUCACCGGUGCCCAAUUGGUAAAUGCUCAAAAUGAAUCGGUGUUGUCGAGAUUUAUGAUUAAAUCAAGUGCCGACAAGGCCAUUGAAGCUCCGCCAGAAGUCAAAUCGACAUCAUCAUUGCUGGAGCAGGCCUAUGCCAAGUGUACAUUGGAGAGGCCGCAGCAAUUGUUGAGUGUUACCAAACCGAAAAAGGAGAAAACCAAAACAGCAGCCUUACGUUCGCCCCAAGAGAUUCGUGAAGCCAUCAAUGAAAGGCUUAACAAGCUAAAGGAACUAAAUGCCAGGCAUAUGAGUGACAUUGAACGUGUGCAACAGGAAAUGAAAGCCAUGCAAUUGGAGGAAAUGGAUGCAAAACAGAAGGCCCCGGCAGCAGCAGCUAAAUAUCGUUUCUAUCAGGAGAUCAAAUGUUAUGUUACCGAUUUGGUGGAUUGUCUAAAUGAAAAGAUCUCUGCCAUUAAUGACCUGGAAAAAAGAUGUAUUGUGUUUUUUGGUAAACAUCAGCAUUUUCUAAUCGAACGUCGCCGACAGGAUGUCAGAGAUCAGGCAAGAGAAAUGGCCGAAGCAGCAAAACCCUCAACUGUACGCAAAGGCCCUGAACAUGAUGAACAGAUUCGUCGAGCAGCUGAAAGAGAGGGACGUCGCACACGCCGUCGCUGUGAAAGGGAACGACAAAACACAUUGUCUUCCCAUUUGGAUGGUAUGUCUUCGGACGAGGAGACAUCGGAUCGUUAUCAAGAGCAAUUUCAAAAUGAAUUGGAGGAGCUGAUCAAAGAAGGCCUUGAGGUGAUGGACGAUGUAACGGAUGAUUUUUGCAAACCUUUUAUAAUUCUAUCCAAAUUCCAUGCUUGGCGACAAACCGACAUGAGUUCGUAUAAAGAUGCUUUUGUUAGUCUUUGUUUGCCCAAGAUUUUGGGACCCCUUAUCCGUUUGGAAAUGCUAACAUGGUCUCCCCUGUUGGCAGACUACAAAGAUAUUGAAAAACUAAAUUGGUAUCCUGCCUGUAUAUUAUAUGCCUGGAAUGAAAACGAAAGUGAGGAGUCGUUAAGACAAGAUCCAGAUGUAAAUUUGGUGCCAACACUCAUAGAGAAAAUUAUUUUACCAAAAAUAACAGAUAUUGUAACCCAUUGCUGGGAUCCUUUGUCGACCACACAAACCUUGCGUUUAAUUGGUUUCAUAAAUCGUUUGGGUCGCGAUUAUCCCCUGAAAGAGUCAACAAAAUCAUUGCAGCAGCUGUUCAAGGCAAUAUUGGAGAAAAUGAAAAAUGCCCUGGAGAAUGAUGUUUUUAUACCCAUAUUUCCAAAACAAGUUUCAGAGAAUAAGACCUCAUUUUUUCAACGACAAUUUUGCAGUGGUUUGAAAUUGUUUCGCAAUUUCCUCUCCUGGCAGGGUAUUAUUGCGGAUACCCCUCUAAGGGAAAUGGCAAUUGGUUGCCUAUUAAAUCGUUAUUUACUUAUGGCCAUGAGGGUCUGUACACCAAUUGAUGCUAUAAGUAAAGCUUAUACAAUUGUGAAUACCUUACCCACUGCCUGGCUGCAACCGGAUUCGGAAUGCUUGAAAAAUCUACAACUUUUUAUAUUGUACAUUAAGCAGACAAUGGAAUCUUGUGAUGCUAAUAAUCCUGUAUUUAUGCAAACUAGUGAUAAGGCUAAACAAAUCUUGCAAAGACUACAUAGCAAUUAAAACUAUUUUACGGUGUUUUUUUUUCCAUCAAUGAAUAUAAAAAUUAGUUUUUUUAACUUUAAAUACAACAUAUUGUUGCAUUUGCGGAAUCAGUAAACCAGAAUAACACUCUUCGUAUAAAUAUAAAUAUUGUUUUAGCCGUUUUUUUUGUAUAUUCUAAAAGAAUAGUUUUCCAAAUUUUCAAUACACUUAAGAGAAGAUUUCUUUUCGAAAAUGCUCAAA